AUGGCUUUUGGUUCUCCGGGACCCCUGCCCUUGCGGCUUUGUGUUUGUGUCGGUGUUGUCUUGGGCAUCUUCAAUGACCGACUGGAGCAUGACCAUUUCCGUGGCAUACCACCCGGGCGUCCGCAUCCCCCCAGCGACAGAAAGCCAGUUGACGACUUCUUCGAGGAACUUGGCCUGGCGCGACCCAAUUGCGAGAGCAGCUGCGACUGCAGCUUACGGGCCGGCUGCACAUGCAAGAUCGUCUUUUGGCGAGACCAAAGGUUUAUUGACAGCAUUCACCUAAAACGCUGCAACUUGACAGGCCGACGGAUACACUCUAAUUCCACUGUGUUGCAGCUGAAAUUCCUACAGAGCUUGAGCAUUCGUGGAAGCGGACUUGAAGGGUCGGUGCCCACAGGCUUUUCAACGGUUGCUGAGCUGGAUCUGUUUGGAAACGAGCUGACCGGCGACAUUUCCGUCCUGAAGGACUUGCCCAGAGGCUUGAAGCGAAUAGUUUUAUCCAGCAACAGGCUUGUUGGAACUAUCCCGGAGCAUCUGCCUUUCAAUCACCUGAAGGAGCUGCGCUUGGCCAACAAUGCCCUGACAGGUGGAAUCCCUGCGAAGCUUUUUGCGGCAGCAAGAUUGGAGAUCCUCUCACUGGCCAACAACAAACUCAGUGGAGCAAUUCCUGACAUUUCCUCCCCGGUAGGGCCUUUGGGAGAGCUUUACUUGGAAGGAAACCAGCUCCUGGGCGAGAUCCCAAGCAGUAUCGCGAAACUGAACGAGUUGCGGGUUCUGCGCCUGGAGCACAACGCUCUGGAAGGGAAGAUCCCAGAGGAGCUGUCAAGCCUGCUGAGCUUAAAACAGCUUCGGCUCAAUGGCAACAAGCUCCGAGGACCAAUCCCGGAAGGUCUCGGCAAGCUGCGGAACCUCACGGUCCUCCAGCUGAACGAUUUGGCUUUGGACUGUCCGAUUCCCGAAUCCUUGGGCAGUUUGACCGAGUUGAUAGUGCUGGAUCUGUCGAACAGCAACCUCAAGGGGGCCAUUCCAGCUCAAUUCGCACAACUAACCAAGAUGGAGAGUCUUUCCUUGAUGAACAAUGACUUGUGGGGUAGAUUGCCUCCACUCAACAUGCCUGAGCUGAGGGUUGCCCUCUUGGGCCGGAACCACUUUUCUGGACCUUUACCUACAGCUUUUUGUGAGAUGCAGCAGUUGCUGAGCCUCAGUCUCCAUUGGAACAACCUGAAUGGAGCCCUCCCGCACUGCUUGGGACAUGUCACCAACCUGACAGAUCUUUUCCUGGCCCACAAUGAGUUCGACGGAGAAGUCCCAACAAGUUUUUCCAAUCUGGAUCAGCUAGAGGUGAUUACGCUUCACAGCAACCACUUCGGCGGCACCAUUCCAGAGCUGACCCAAAGCAGCCUCACAAUCGCAACCUUUCAUGACAACGACUUUGCGGGUAACAUACCGGCAUUCAACCUUUCGGCCUCUUGCAGCAACAGCCCGUGGUAUAGACUGCAUGGUAUGGACUGCUUGAUGCUAGAAGCGGCCAUGGAGCGAGAAGAUGUCAGGGACUGUGGGGAACUGCAGUCGAUCUUCAAAAUCGAAAUUUCCGGGCUUCUGCAGCAGUGCCCGAAAACUUGUAAUACUUGCAAUGUCAAUGGACUGCAGGCCAAAGCCACACUGCACGGGAAUCGACUUGCUGGUUCGAUCCCUCGGUCCAUCAAUAGUUCCAGAAUCCAAACCACAGCUCUCAUGGGGAAUUUGCUUGGUGACGGUGAGCCUCUUGAUGCGAAUUGGCUGCCACCGGAGGACCCUCGUUUGUGUUGGGACGGUGUUGAUGUUUUUUGUUGCUGUUUCGUUUAG